AUGGGCAGCAUCUCGUUCCGCGAGCACAUCCGCUGGAUCCCCGACGAGGCGAGCGAGCCGACGUCGACGAUUGUGCUCACGUCCCCGCAGCGCCGCUUCGUCGAUCUCCGCAUCCUCAAGUCGGCGCCGACGGCCGACGGCGCGCAAGCGACACACGGCGUUGAGCGUCUGGAGUGGGGCAUCGCGGGGACCUCGUCGUCGACGGUGCGCGACGACGGCGCCGGCGGCCAGGUGCGGCACUCGCGGUGGGAGCACUGGAUCGACUCGCGCACGACGGAGCCCGAGGGCGCCGCGGACGAGGGCGACAUGUACGAGCAGCCCGACGGGCUGACGCUCGAAAAGGGCCGCAUGGCGAACCCGGCGACGGGGCAGCAGACGGACUACGAGGAGCUCUGGCGGGACGUCGAGCCCGUGGCCGUCGCCGGGGCGGGCGGCGCCGUCGAGUGCAUCGUGCUGCGGUUCGAGGACGAGCCGACGCGGUCGCGCGGGCUGGUGGUCUGGCUGGGCCGGUUCUGCCAGGGCUUCUUGCGCGUCGGGGACGACGUCGCGGCGCAGCGGUGGGAGUGGAAGGAGGAGGAGGGCUGGAAGCGGACGGUGCACAUUGGCUGGCGGGAGCUGCCGUGCGAGGCGCUGCUGAAGACGGGGGCGCCGCUGAGCGUCGGCGCGCACGUCGUGCACGAGGAUCUGGUGUGGGAUGUGCUGGAGAGUUGCUGA